CUCCCGCCCCAUGUAGCCAUUUUACAUUUCUGAACAAAAAAACGGGUGAGACAGAACGGCACACAAGGAAAUAGUGGAAAUUCAGCUGCCAAAAUAGUAGUAAUAAUGUGUCGAAAUGCUGGUGUGAUUAUUAAAGUAUGAAAAAAGCGAGCGGGUAAGGAGGAACACCAGCCGCGCCCUGCUUUAGAACAGAAAAGUAAUAGUUAGCCAGCUAGCCGCGGGUAGCGAUUGGAGCUGCCGGACCGAGAGAAUCAAUUCGGGAACAGGAAAGCGAGUAGCGGAGCGGCAGCUGACAUGGCGAGGCCACACUGAGAAACGCCGUGUGCAAGCAACGAGUGGCGGCAACGUAAAGCCAGGCGGACGGGACGUGUCGUCGGGGUGUGGGAGAGCUGCCAGCCACGGAGCCAGCCAUGCCAUCCAGCGCCCGCACCGGGAGCCUGAAGGACCCAGAGGUGGCUGAGCUUUUCUCCAGGGAUGACCCAGAGAAGCUCUUCGUUGACCUGCGGGAGAUUGGGCACGGCAGCUUUGGGGCCGUCUACUUUGCCCGAGACAUCCGGAACAAUGAGGUGGUUGCCAUCAAGAAGAUGUCAUAUAGCGGAAAGCAGUCCAACGAGAAAUGGCAGGACAUCAUCAAAGAGGUGAAGUUCCUACAGAAGCUGCGUCAUCCCAAUACCAUAGAGUACAGGGGGUGCUACCUGAGGGAGCACACAGCCUGGCUGGUGAUGGAGUACUGCCUGGGCUCUGCGUCUGACCUCCUCGAAGUUCACAAGAAGCCUCUACAGGAAGUGGAAAUAGCUGCUAUUACCCAUGGUGCACUGCAGGGCCUGGCAUAUCUGCACUCGCACAACAUGAUUCACAGGGAUGUGAAAGCAGGCAAUAUCUUACUGACAGAACCUGGUCAGGUGAAGCUAGGGGAUUUUGGCUCCGCCUCCAUCGUUGCACCUGCCAACUCAUUUGUGGGCACCCCCUACUGGAUGGCUCCGGAGGUGAUCCUGGCCAUGGAUGAAGGGCAGUACGAUGGAAAGGUGGAUGUCUGGUCGCUGGGAAUCACCUGCAUUGAGCUGGCGGAGAGGAAGCCCCCCCUGUUCAACAUGAAUGCCAUGAGUGCCUUGUACCACAUUGCACAGAACGAAAGCCCCGUGCUGCAGUCCAACCACUGGUCUGACUACUUCAGAAACUUUGUGGACUCCUGUCUGCAGAAGAUUCCCCAAGACAGACCUACCUCUGAUGUUCUGCUCAAGCAUCGAUUCCUGUGCAGAGAGCGCCCCCUCUCAGUCGUACUGGACUUGAUCGCGCGCACAAAGGACGCCGUACGUGAGCUGGACAACCUGCAGUACCGGAAGAUGAAGAAGAUCCUGUUCCAGGAGACGCCCAAUGGGCCAGCGCCGGAGGGCGGCGAGGAGGAGGAGGAGGCGGAGCCGUACCUGCUGCGGACGGGCACCAUCAACAGCAUGGAGAGCUCGCACUCGGUGCCGUCCAUGUCCAUCAGCGCCAGCUCCCAGAGCAGCUCGGUGAACAGCCUGGCGGACGGCUCCGACGACAGCGGCGAGAUGGCCAUGAUGCAGGAGGGCGAGCACACCGUCACCUCCAACAGCUCCGUCAUCCACCGGCCCACCGUGAGCCCCCCCCCCGUUACAUGCUCCCCAUGCCCUCCAGUGCCUACCUGCCUUGACCACCAUAUCCCCCUCACACCUCCGAAGGGUCACGACAACAUCUACGAUGACCCAUAUCAGCCCGAGAUGGACACACAGCAGCACCAGCAGCAGGCGUCAUCUGCAGCUCGCCGGCGCACCUACUACCAGAACCCAGACCACUUUGCCACCAUCCGCACCGCCUCUCUGGUGACACGGCAGAUCCAGGAGCACGAGCAGGGCUCCGCGCUGCGGGAGCAGAUGUCGGGAUACAAGCGCAUGCGGCGGCAGCACCAGAAGCAGCUGAUGGCGCUGGAGAACAAGCUGAAGGCCGAGAUGGACGAGCACCAGCUGCGGCUGGACAAGGAGCUGGAGACGCAACGGAGCAGCUUCGCCAUGGAGAGCGACAAGCUGGGCAAGAGGCACCAGGCCAUCCUAGAGAAAGAGACAAAGGCUGCACUGGCAGAGGAGAAGAAGUUCCAGCAGCACAUCCUGACGCAGCAAAAGAAGGAACUCUCCACCCUGCUGGACUCCCAGAAGCGGCAGUACAGGCAGCGCAAGGAGCAGCUGAAGGAGGAGCUGAGUGAGAACCAGUCGACCCCGAAGCGGGAGAAGCAGGAGUGGCUGGUUCGGCAGAAGGAGAAUCUGCAGCAGGUGCAGGCGGAGGAGGAGGCAGAGCUGCUGCGCAGACAGAGGCAGUACUACGAGCUGCAGUGUCGACAGUACAAGAGGAAGAUGCUGCUGGCCAGGCACAACCUGGAGCAGGAUCUGCUCAGAGAGGACCUGAACAAGCGUCAGACGCAAAAGGACCUGGAGUGCGCCAUGCUGCUGCGGCACCACGAGUCCACGCAGGAGCUGGAGUUCCGGCAGCUGGGCCUGGUGCAGCGUACACGCGCUGAGCUGAUCCGCACGCAGCACCAGACUGAGCUGACCAACCAGAUGGAGUACAACAAGCGGCGCGAGCAGGAGCUGCGGCAGAAGCACGCUGUCGAGGUGCGGCAGCAGCCCAAGAGCCUCAAGUCCAAAGAACUGCAGAUCAAGCGGCAGUUCCAGGACACGUGUAAGAUUCAGACCCGGCAGUACAAGGCGCUGAGGAACCACCUGCUGGAGAGCACGCCCAAGUCGGAGCACAAGGCCAUCCUCAAGCGGCUGAAGGAGGAGCAGACGCGCAAGCUGGCCAUCCUAGCUGAGCAGUACGACCACUCCAUCAACGACAUGCUGUCCACACAGGCUUUGCGAUUGGACGAGACACAGGAGGAGGAGUGCCAAGCACUGAGAAUGCAGCUGCAGCAGGAGCUGGAGCUGCUGAAUGCCUAUCAGAGCAAGAUCAAGAUGCAGACGGACUCGCAGCACGAGCGGGAGGUCAAGGAGCUGGAGCAGCGGGUGUCCAUCCGCCGGGCGCUGCUGGAGCAGAGGAUCGAGGAGGAGAUGGUGUCCCUGCAGAACGAACGUUCAGAGCGGAUCCGGUCGCUGCUGGAACGCCAGGCCCGUGAGAUCGAGGCCUUCGACUCGGAGAGCAUGAGGCUGGGCUUCAGCAACAUGGCGCUGACCAGCAUUCCUGCUGAAGCCUUCAGCCAGGGCUACCCCAACCCGCCCCCAUCCUCCUCAGGGGGCUGGCCCUCACAGCCCGUGCCCCGCUCCAGAAGCCACUGGACCCAUGGCGUGCACCCCCACAACUCGGGGGCACCGCCUUCUUGGCGGAGUCAGAACAGCUGCAUCGAGGCAGGUGGGGUGGUGGCGUUGUCGACGCCCUCGCACGGGCAGGUGGGCCGUGAUGGGGCUCUCUACUCAAUGUCCUCUUCGGCAUCACACCGACACCACCAUCACCUGCCACAGCACCACCAUCACCAGAGCACCCCACACCUGUACCGGGAGCGGGAGUGGGUGGCUGGGAGUGGCCACCUGUCCCAUGGCCACUCCCACUCUCGACACCUGUCCUCCCACUCUUCCUCCCAGUCCCUGGCGCUUCUGCCCCCGCCCCCACCUCCACCCCCCAUAUCUCUGUCCUCCUCCUCCCCCCCAUCUUCCUCCUCCUCCUCCUCUUCCCAGGGGGGAGGUUAUGGUGGCAGUGGAGGAGGGGGGCUGGUUGUGAGGGGGCCCAGUUUGAUGGCCCUGAGGAACAGCCCCCAGCCUCUACGGAGGACGGCCUCUGGAAGCGGAGCUGCUGGGGCAGCGGCUGGUGAGGGCGGGCUGAGUCGGAGCACCUCGGUCACUUCCCAUAUAUCCAAUGGCUCCCACCUCUCCUACUCAUAGAGGGGGUGCGGGGUAUGGGGUGGGGGUCGCUGGGCUAGGCAUGGGGCAGCAGGAUGACCUUAGGCCAACACUAUACCGGAAUCUGACAUGGGCUCUGAGUGAAGAGCAGGGGACAUACUUUAGUUACAAUGUUGUUUACAGAGAGGACAAGAUGGAGGGACUGGUGCUAAAUUGUGAGAGUCGGAGUGAAUAGGGCCUUCAGAGGUGGAAAGAACAGAAAGCUAAGAACACAGUGUAAAUACUGACUUUGAGAUGGAUCACACAUGAACCUGACUAUUAUUAAUAGUAAUAAUAGUUCAUUUGAACCAGAGACACGUAGGUAGGAUAGGUUUAGGGAAAGGUUGGGACAAACUUGGAAAAUAAGCUGUUAUUAAAGGGUUUUAACUUUUACAAAUGCUUCACUGCCAUCCAGUGGCUCAAAACAUUCACUACAACUUCCCCGCUGCCUUUAAGGUCUCUUAAAGGGAUCGCAUGGAUUGGCGUCACACUGGCCAAGCAAUAAAAGCAUUCGCAUAAAGGUUGCGAGAACAUGCUGCUUGGACAGAAACCUGGCCCAUUCCUGCCCACACAAGGCACUGGGCAUGUGUGAAAAUGUGAAAAAAAAACAGCUCCCAUCAUUCCAUAGCAAGCAUACUGAGUAUGUAAAUAUGAUGUGUGUAUGGGGCUCACAUUUCAAUGCAUGAAAUUAAUGUACAGACAGCAUUUGUAUACAUAACAGUACAUGUUAUAUAUAUAAAGGUUUAUUGACAGUAAACACUGUUCACUGUCCCACACUUUUGAUUUAUAUUGUACUUGUAUGUAUAUAAAGCACUAACUGAACACUUUUAUAUAGUAAUAAUAAUAAAUUUGAUGUUAUAGUAUUGAAAAAUUUUGGGGGAAAGUUUUUCAGUAAGUAUUGCUACUAUUAUUAUUAUUAUUACUACUACUACUGGAGUUGUUGAAACAUUUGUGCACUAAUUCUGUUAUUUUUGUUUAUUUUUUAAAGUUAUUGCCAACGUUGACCACUAGGUGGGGAGUGUGAGAGAUGUUACUGUGAUAGACCAUUUUUUAUUUUUUGUUUAAAUAAAGGACUACCUAACCCCAAAUUCCCCACAAAGCCUGAAGGUAGGAUUUUUUUGGACAGUGAAUUGUCAGGGUUGUAGUACAUUAGCGGCAGUAUUAAUUGUGUACAGGACAGUUUAAAAUUUUAGCUGUGUAUAUAUAUAUAUUUAUAGAGUACAGUAGUGUCACCAGUGCAAACCAGCAAAUUUUGAGUCAUCUUACUGUACUCAUACAUGUACUGGCUUUUUUGUUAAACACUAAAACAAAGGGGAUGUGGGAUAUAUAUAUUUUUUUUUUGUAUUUUGAGCAGUUACACGGGAUCUCUUCUGUAAACUGCACUGGGGAAAAACUGGACUGAUAAGUACAUAUUGUGCCACUAAACACCCAACCAACCGUGUAUUCCUGAAAGAGCGGAGGAUAUUAUGGGUCAGCCAAAUCAAGCCUGGUGUUCUGUGCCACAAACUGUCGAAUUACACCCCUGACGUCACCUCGUUGGUGCUUAGGAUAAAGCGUUCUCUGGCUCUCCUUGUGUGUGUAUGUAAUUACAGUGCUGAAUGGAGGCUGGUGAUGUCUAGCUUAAAGGUUGGUUUCUGGUUCCAGGUUAUGGAUGGAUUUUGAAAGAUUUUCCAAUAUUUUGCAUAAACACUGCAACCAAUGAGACUGCAGCAGCCCUGAAGGCCAGAGGAGAAGGUUUUGCUGCAUGUGCUUAAAGUAGAGGCCACUGACAGCUUUACAGCUGAGCCAUUUGCAGUCACAGGGAAGGGCUUAACAGAAUUCAUUGUACAGAAAUUAACAAAACAAUUUUAACAAAAAUAAAAGAUUUUAAACAAUA